UUGGUAAUCGUCACCUUGACAAGUUCAAAGUUUCACAACAAAACAUUAUGAAUUCUGUUUUUAAACAAUUUUUACGACUCCCAAGUAACUUUGAGACUUUUAGGCGUUUUUACACCCCCAGAAGAGCCUUACUGUAUGUCCCUGGAGAUGAUGUAAAAAAAAUCACAAAAACCGAGAGUUUAGAUGUUGACUGUGUUGCAAUGGAUUGUGAGGAUGGUGUGGCAAUAAAUAAAAAAGAUGUAGCCCGGGAGACAAUUCGGGGGAUUUUAGACAAGGGGAAGCCUAAUAAAUCCAGGAAAUAUGAUUGGGGGGUUAGAGCCAACUCAAUUGAUAGUGGUUUAUGUGAAGAAGAUUUAAAAUCUUUACUGACAGCGAAGAAUCUACCUGAUACAGUCCUACUACCAAAAGUGCAGAAUUGUGAUGAAAUUAAAUGGUUUUCAGAUAAAGUUUCCAGCAUAAUUAGUGGUAAUAAUAGUGUAAAUUUGAUAAUAUACAUUGAAACAGCUAUGUCAUUCAUUAAUUUACCCAGUAUUUGUAAGACAGCUGUUGAUUUGUCAAAAAAUAGUAAGUUUAGGCCUUGUGCUUUGGUUUAUGGUGGGGAUGAUUUUGUGGCCAGUAUAGGGGCAAUUAAAACUGAAGAAAACACUGAAACUUUAUAUGCUAGACAAAAAUUAGUUUUGGUUGCAAAAGCCUAUAACUUGCAGGCUAUUGAUAUGGUUUAUAUUAAAUAUAAAGAUUUAGAAGGUUUAAAAAAACAGUCUGAGCAAGGUUUACAUAUGGGUUUCACUGGAAAACAAGUUAUCCACCCAGGUCAGGUUCCUGUGGUACAAAAUGCGUUUUUACCAACAUCCAGUCAAGUAGAAUGGGCACAAGGUUUACUUAAAUCGUUUAAGGAACAUCAAAAAACAGGAAAAGGAGCUUUCACCUACAGAGGUAGCAUGAUAGAUAUGCCCACCAUGAAACAGGCUCAAAAUAUUAUAGAAAUUGUUAACCUAGCCCAAAAAUAAAAAUUUUAUUAACCAA